AUGGCGGGCUGUGAGCGCGCGACGGGUCGAGCGGCGCGGCGGUCGCCCCGGCCUGCGGCCGCGUCUGCGGCGCGGCUCUACUUGCUGCUGGCGCUGCUGGUGGGCGGGGCGACGGCGGCAGCGGGCGGCAGGCGGCGCGAGGACAAGACCAAGUGCCCGCAGGUCAAGGCCAUCCACAACUUCGACGUGCACGAGCUGCUGGGGCGGUGGUUCGUGGUGCAGUACUACGCCAGCUCGGAGGAGGCGCUGGCGUACCGCUGCAUGCGCGCCGAGCUGUCCAUGCCGGCCGAGCGCCUCGAGGUGUCCAUGAACUUCACGUACGCCUUCAGCGAUGACCCGGCGGCCGAGGCGCUGUGCGGCAACAUCACGUGGGCGGUGCCCGACGCCGCGCUGCCCUCGCACUGGGUGCACGCCGAGGACACCUAUACUCUUGUGGUAUACCAUGAUUCAUAA